GGCUGAAGCUUCUUGUACCCUCCGGGCGGGCUGGCUCAGGUGGUGCAAGUGAGCUGGCUCGCAAUUACGUAGGGGCACCAGUGGACGGGCGAUAGCUGAGCCACUCACCAACACGUCGCCAUCUUCUUUGUAACACCAGGCACCGUCCCGAAGACACCACCUUCCACUUGGACAAGACAACACCAAGUCCUUGUCUCUCUACAACACAUUUCGGUCCUCCAACUCCCAGAACCACUGCGCACGAUGGCUGGAGAUCCCCGUGCGCUGCUCUCCAAGGCGGACAAGACCAUCGCCAGCGCUGGCGGUGGCUUCAGCUUCUUCGGCAACAAGGAGCAGAAGUACCAAGAUGCUGCCGACCUCUACAUCGAGGCGGCCAACGCCUUUCGCAUGCAACAUAUGAACCGCGAAGCUGGUAUGGCUUUCGAGAAGGCAGCCGCUGUGCAGACAAACAACCUCAAAGAGCCCGAUGACGCCGCGAACACAUACGUCGACGCCUUCAAGGUCUACCGUAAAGAGAACCCCGAGGAUGCGAUCCGAUGCCUUGACGUGGCUAUCAACCAGUACUGCAAGAAGGGCAAUUUCCGGCGAGCGGCGCAACACAAGGAGAACAUGGGCGAGGUUCUGGAGAACGACAUUGGUGACAUCAAGAGAGCCCUCGAGGCGUACGAACUGGCCGCUGGCUGGUACGAGGGCGACAACGCCGCAGCACUUGCGAACAAGCUCUGGCUCAAGGUAGCAGACAUUGCUGCACUUGAUGAAAACUACCAGAAGGCGAUCCAGAACUACGAGAAGGUCGCGAGCGCGGCGAUCCAAAACAAUCUUAUGCGCUUCUCCGUCAAGGACUACUUCCUCAAGGCAGGCAUCUGCCACCUCGCGACGGGCGAUAUGGCCUCGAUCAACCGUGCUUUUGAGGUCUACAACGACAUGGACCCCACGUUUGGAACUACGCGCGAGGCGUUGCUGCUGCGGGAUCUGGCGGCCGCGAUCGAGGCGGGUGAUCCCGACGGGUUCACAGACAAGCUCUUCCAGUUUGACCAGAUGAGCAAGUUGGACAAGUGGAAGACAACACUUCUGCUCAGGAUCAAGGGCAAGAUCGAGCAACAGGGCGAGGACUUUUCUUAGUUGUCAGUUUGUAGGGAGGUGUCAGGUUGGGAGAGAGAAUACAUGCGAUAGCUUCCUCUAGACACGUUGAGCAGCAUGUCACCACGUCGAGCUUAUUAUUGCCUAACUAUAAGUAGAUACCAUGUCAGACACUGCCCAGGUUCUUCUUGGGCUGCCAAGAUCAUCCCCGGACAAAGACCUGUGAAGGGAAUCCACUGCAAUGGGGAGGGAGGCACCACGGAGCAGUGACAAAAUCAGUCUCACUGCCUAGAAAGGGCCGUUGGUUGCUGGAAUCGCUCCAAGGGUGGUCCUGCUCUCUUUGAUCAACCGCACCACGGCAUGAGAAACUGCGGGUCCGCCGCUCUCAAUAGCCCGAGGCCUCAAGCAGAACGCUUGCGCGCAAGGCGACUUAGUGGGGUGAAGUGCGAUAAGAUAAGCAAAAAAGUUAUGGAU